GGUGCCUAUGGGCUUCGGAAGAGGAUGGGGUAUUGUGACUGACUCUGGAGCCAAGGGACACUAGGUUUGCUCAGGAGGCCCCAAGCUGCAUUUGGUGCAGUGGUAGGUGAGGCUGGCAGAGACCCUCAUCCCAAGCUGAGGCCAGGGGCUCCAAUUCCUUGGUGACCUUGGAGAGAGAAGGUAAAGGCUCCAGUCUGGAUACAAGCCAAAAUCUGAACACACAAAUUAAAGACAGGACACAAUGGAUCGCGCUGUGAGCCAGAUCUUCUGACCAAUCCAUCAACAAGUGUGUGCGAUGCGACCAGGAGCCAGAUGUGAUCCUUCCUGCCUGCCAUCAGUGGUGAUUCAUGGGAGCUUACAGUGCCUAUCUGUUUAACGGUCAGCCCUGGAGGAGACCUCCACUGUGCUCUGGGGACCCACAUCUCUGAAGACACCCAAAGACAGCAUGCAUUAAACGCUAUAGAUGUGAAGACUCAAGUGGCUCCUGAGCCCCUUCUCCUGUUCGCCUUGUGAGUGUGUGGACAGCAGCCGCUGACUGAACUGCUAGGAGCAGCUGCCACAGGUAUUGACUGGGAACCGCUAUGGCCUGGAUGCUGCAGGUGUCUCUGGCUGUUCUCCUGCUGUCUGUGGCCACUGCCAUGCACUCUGACUGCAUCUUCAAGAAGGAGCAAGCCAUGUGCCUGGAGAAGAUCCAGAGGGCCAAUGAGCAGCUGGGUCUGAAUGAGUCCUCUCCUGGUUGCCCUGGCAUGUGGGACAACAUCACGUGUUGGAAGCCUGCCCAAGUAGGGGAGAUGGUGUUGGUGAGCUGUCCUGAGGUCUUCCGGAUCUUUAAUCCAGACCAAGUUUGGAUGGCAGAAACGAUCGGGGAUUCUGAUUUUGCUGAUGAAAGUUCCUUGGAACUCUCAGACACUGGGGUAGUGGGCCGGAACUGCACAGAGGAUGGCUGGUCGGAGCCAUUCCCCCAUUACUUUGAUGCUUGUGGGUUUGAUGACUAUGAGCCUGAGUCUGGCGACCAGGAUUACUACUACCUGUCGGUGAAGGCUCUCUACACGGUCGGCUACAGCACCUCCCUGGUCACCCUCACCACUGCCAUGGUCAUCCUGUGCCGCUUCCGGAAGCUGCACUGUACCCGCAACUUCAUCCACAUGAACCUAUUCGUGUCCUUCAUGCUGAGAGCCAUCUCUGUCUUUAUCAAAGACUGGAUCCUAUAUGCUGAGCAGGACAGCAAUCAUUGCUUCAUCUCCACUGUGGAAUGCAAAGUUGUCAUGGUUUUCUUCCACUACUGUGUCGUGUCCAACUACUUCUGGCUGUUCAUUGAAGGCCUGUACCUCUUCACACUGCUGGUGGAGACCUUCUUCCCUGAGAGGAGAUAUUUCUAUUGGUACACCAUCAUUGGCUGGGGGACCCCUACUGUGUGUGUGACUGUAUGGGCGAUGCUGAGGCUCUAUUUUGAUGACACAGGCUGCUGGGAUAUGAAUGAUAGCACAGCUCUGUGGUGGGUGAUCAAAGGCCCUGUGGUUGGCUCUAUAAUGGUUAACUUUGUGCUUUUCAUCGGCAUCAUCAUCAUCCUGGUGCAGAAGUUGCAGUCUCCAGACAUGGGAGGCAACGAGUCUAGCAUCUACUUAACAAAUUUAAGCCUGAGAGUCCCCAAGAAAGCCCGAGAGGACCCCCUGCCUGUGCCCUCAGACCAGCAUUCAGUCCCUUUCCUCAGCUGCGUGCAGAAAUGCUACUGCAAGCCACAGCGGGCUCAGCAGCAGUCUUGCAAGAUGUCAGAACUGUCCACCAUUACUCUACGACUGGCCCGUUCCACCCUGCUGCUCAUCCCAUUGUUUGGAAUCCACUACACGGUAUUCGCCUUCUCUCCAGAGAAUGUCAGCAAGAGGGAAAGACUCGUGUUUGAGCUUGGGCUGGGCUCCUUUCAGGGCUUCGUGGUAGCUGUGCUCUACUGCUUCCUGAAUGGGGAGGUACAGGCAGAGAUCAAGCGGAAAUGGCGGAGCUGGAAGGUGAACCGUUACUUCACCAUGGACUUCAAGCACCGGCACCCAUCCCUGGCCAGCAGCGGUGUGAAUGGGGGCACCCAGCUCUCCAUUCUGAGCAAGAGCAGUUCCCAGCUCCGCAUGUCUAGCCUGCCGGCUGACAACCUAGCCACCUGAGCCCUGUACCCCUUUCUUUCCUGCACAGGCUGGGGCUGUGGGCAGGUGCCUGCGCAUGUUUGUGCCUCUCCCCUCUCCUUGGGCAGGCCCUGGGUGGGAAACUGGGCUCCUCCCCAAGGGGGAAGAGGGAGAUAGGGCGUAGGCUGAUAUUGCCCCUCCUGUUUGGGUCCCGUCCACUGUGGUUUCCUGAGCCCAAUUUGACAUGUAAAUACACCUCAAAUUUGGAAAGUUUCCCCAUCUUUUCCCCUUCACCCAUGUCUCUGCUCACUUCUGCCAGGCUCUAGCCCCACCUACUAUGUCAAGGCUAGCCUCAGUGAUGGCCUAACCCCAGGCACAAGGCCUUGUGAGCUGAGGCUGAACAUGCCCUCUUUGGAGACUCUGCAGGCGGUGGGGUCCACCUCACAGCCCUUCACUGUCUGAUGUUGGACUUGGGCCCUUCUCAGCCUGGGCCCAGUCCUGUAGCCAGCCAGGGAUCCAUCUCAGUGGCCAGAACAUCCUCCAGAGCAGGCCAGCCUGAGGUUCCUCUUGCUUUCCUGGAUUCUAGGUGUCCAGGUGCUUGUCUUCUGGGUACCAGGAUGGUGGGAGGGCUCUAGUGCUCUUCCAGUCAGACUUCAAUUGUGGGGGUGGGGGGAGGGUCAGGGAAAGUUCUGGUGCUUUUCAUGUGAUCCAAGAAGAGCUGAGAGCCAGAAAUAGAUGAAUUGGGAAGAAGAUAGAAGAGUUUAAGAGCUGCUUGAAGGAAGCCCUUACCAUCUUCACGACUAUGCCCUGACUCAAGUCAGCAUCAUGUAGUGGAUUUUUUUUUCCUUACCUUUUUGUCUGCAACCAGUUGUGGAGAAGCUGUUUCCCAACUAUAUCCACCACAGAGGGUCCUUAGCUCCUCCCCUCCGUUUCCUCAUAAAUCAAAGCCAUGUAUUGGAUGAACCGCCGCCUUUCUGUGAUGUCAGUGAGUUCUGAAUCAACUUGCAUCUCCAUGAGCCAAGCCCUGAGCCCCGGGCUCCCCACACCCCACUUCCCCUGAUGAGGAGCCCCAGAUGCCAGCUUCCAGCCUGGACUCAACUACUGAACUCAGACAUCUGCAAGAUUUCCCCCAGUGCCCUUGACUGUGAAUCACUGUAGGUGUCUUGGUGGGGGGGGUGGUCUGCUGUGGCCACCACACGCAUGAGCAAAAGCUGUUGACAGCAGGAGUGGAGGUGUCCAUCUUGGCUGUCCAGCUUCAAUUUGCACAACCAUAGCCUAAAAAUUUAAAUAAGGCCAAAAGAGGUUCAGGAAAAUAGAGGAAAAUACACUGCCAUGGGUCCACGCGGCCCAGCGCAUCCCAUGUUGA